AGGUGGUCCCCGAUGCCAUUGUGUAUCAGGACCACCCUUUGUCCUAGUGCGGAGUAGCAACCUACUUACACGAGCCAUGCACUUCCACUACAUCGCCCAGGGGUAUCGUGCAGUUCCCUUCCAAGUCAAGGAUUUACUUCAUAACAACCAUCUGCAGCCCGUCUCGGAUUUCUAAAAUGGCAGGAGAGGCCAUUCUAUCCUUCGCAGGCGAAAUUCAGAAGCAAGUCCAGGCAGACGACCACGAAGACCCAAGUCUACUUUCGGAUGCAGCCACGUCGAACAAGCUAGACAGCUAUCUCAGUCAUCUGCCAAUUUCCACAGGCACCUCCUCCUCCUCCAUCCGCCGGCGCUUGAACCACGCAGGCACGGAACUGUGGAACAGCUGCACGCAGCGUAUGACGAACUGCAGCGACCCUACAACAUCCGUGGUCUUGUGCAAAGUCAAAGCGUUCGCAUGGGCUAUGCUCGACACUGCCGUCUCGAAUAGGAGUAUAGGGAGUUUCAGAGUCUUGGAGACAGCUUACAAGCUGAUCAAGACUUGUAUAGAACAUGAUUGCGUCGCCAUCAGCUUAAAAAUCAUCGAAGCGGUAGCCAUGCGGCUGGAUGCGCUCGCGCACUUGGAUACAGAUGUCGAUGAAGCGAGACUGCGCCAGUGCAACGUGCAUUACUAUGCGCUUCGGGUCCACUUGGCUUGGAUUCAAGGCAGACUGGACAUUGCAGAUCAUUUGUUUCUGAAACUUCCUGACUUGAACACUGGCGACUGCUGUGCUCUGGAUGUUUGCUUCAAGGUUGGGAGCUCGGCAUUGUCAUGCAGGCAGUACGAUGUGGCGGCGAAGUGGUUGGAAAGGGGGUUGCAGCAAUGCAAGCUGCUCGUUUCCAGUUCCAAAGAAUCUGAUGUAGCUUUGCGGAAUAAGGCGCUUCUGAUUCUGCAUGCUUUAGUUCGAGCGAAUAUAUAUCUUGAUACGCAUGACUCUCGAGACAAUCUUGCGAGAGCCCUCGAGCAGCUCAAAUCUCUAUAUAGCAAUGUGUUUUCAAUUCGGCUUCUCGAGCUUGAAGUUCUUGCUCGAGGGGACAGGGAUGUGGAACAGUACUUUCAAGUACUACAAGACGCCCUCAAGGCGGUGGAUGCCUCAGAAAGUAGCUUCAGAAUGAUCCUUUACUAUAUCGACAAGCUUCAGGACUCUCCCGAAAUGUAUUUUCAUGCACUAGAGCGGCUCCUGACUGAGAUGACUGGGAGUCCGCGCCUUGAUCAUGAACACCGAUUACUCGAACAUGUCUUUGUCAGGCUAGUCGAUGCUCUGACAAAUCCAUGCUUCUCUGCACAGGCGAGCCUGCGACUCUUUAAGGAGGUUGUUGAAAACCUGAAUUUCGACACGCAAUUCCUUAGCGUAGAAGCACAACAAGCUUGUUUGAUGAUAGUCUGGAAGCACAUAAAUCGAGCGAUAUCGGAUCAUGAUGCACUCUCCGCAGAACAAUGGUGUCUCUUCAUGCUCAAACAGCCAGUCAUUCCACUUUCCUCCGACACCAGAUCUAAGCUAUUCAGGAGACUUAUUCUUUGUGCUUCUGAGACACUGAGCACAACCGCUGCGGAUACACUUUUCAACCAUCUGCCAGAAGAAUGCAGACAUUGCCCGCUGACUUUGUAUCUGAUGUACAAGUUGACCCUGUGGAAUAAUACAUGUACUUCUAGUUUUGUCUAUAUGCAAGCACUGUUCGAGCUCGUUGAGACAUCAUCGCCGUAUAUCAUAUCAUGCAUAGCGGAAGCAUUUCGACAGGGAAAGAUGAUAGAGGCACUUCAAUGUCUUCAGCAAACUUUUUUGAGCAAGGAAGGCCUUCAACUCGACAACCAGACAGGGCGUGUAUUUCAGUCAUCCUAUAUCUUGUCACUGAACUCGACGCUUGCGAUGCCAAAGAUGAAGGGCUAGUAGAUGCAAUAAUAUUUGCAUUUGAAUCAGCCAUAGAUAGGUUUCCCGGUCAGAAGCGAGCAGGGGCUUUCACCACCGACGAGAUAGAGUGGCUUGCGAAGAAGAGCUACAACCUGGCGCUGAGACUACGGGACUCGGAACCAACUGAGCAGACCCUGAGUCUCGUUGAAACAUCCAUCAAGGUAGAAGACAGCCGCUUCCAUUCCAUCUCCAAAUAUCCAGACUUACCAGCCUCUAUUUCACAACCCUACACCAGGAACAAGUCAAUUCAACCGAUCCACCACUCAACACCACGUACCUCCUGUGUCGAUUUCUAAAGACAACCAAGCACAUAUCACUUGCGCGACAAACCACCGAUCCAACAAAGAAGGUCAUCUUGCCCCCU